GUGACCCAAGGUGUGAGUCUAGUAAAGAAACACCAGCAGUAAAAAAGCAGCGUGAGACAAAUUCUUCUGCAGAAACAGAAGCAAAGAUUUUAAAUGACGUGAAAAACAAGAUGGGCAAAAUCCUUGCCAUACUAAACAAUCAAAAUGACACAAAUCUCAAUACGUUCUUGAAGACCAAAAUCAGGAAUCUGGAGACAGAAAAGAAGGAGUUGGUUGGUGUCUUUGGUAAAACUGGAGCUGGGAAGACGUCUUUGAUAAAUGCUGUCAUUGAAGAGAAGGGGCUCUUGCCCUCUGGAAGUAUUGAAGCUUGUACUUCAGUCAUGAUUAAAGUUGAGGCUAACAGGCACAAUGAGAUAUAUGAGGCAGUGGUCGAAUUCAUUUCACCAGAGGAAUGGGAAGAUGAGAUGGGAUCACUGUUUCGUACUAUUGAAAAAGGAGAUCAAGCAAUGGAUAACAACGAUAAUGAUGAUAAAGAUGACUAUCAUGAAGCCGUUGAUAAGCUGUCAGCUCUGUACGACGAAGAAUGGAAAGAAAGAUCCUGUGAACAACUCAUGGAGCCCAAGUGCUUCAAAGCCAUUCCAGAAUUUCUUCAUUCAAAACAAAAAACCUUGGCAUUUAAAUCAGCUAAAGACCUAUCUGCAGAUAUUGUUAAGUACACCAGAAAUGGCACAAAAGAUGACAAAUACAAAGCAGUAAAGCGGUGGUAUUGGCCGCUUGUGAAGUGUGUGACUAUCAAGGUCCCAAACAAUAAUCUUCUCCAGCAUGUCACACUUGUGGACCUUCCUGGAAACGGAGACCGUAACAAGAGCAGAGAUACAAUGUGGAAAGGGAUCGUUGGAGACUGUUCUGCAGUCUGGGUUGUCACUGAAAUCAACCGAGCGGCAUCAGAAAGAGAAUCAUGGGAAAUCCUGAAAAGUGUUAGCAGUCUUCUUGGAAACGGUGGAGAAUGUCAGCACAUUCACUUCAUCUGCACCAAGUCUGAUGAUAUUGAAGAUAUAGAUGAUCACUCCAAAGCUGAUGCUCAGGCCUUGAUAAUUACAAGAAACAAGGAAGCCAAAGAAAGUGUGAUCAAAGAAUUAAACAAACUGACCAAGAUUAAGAAACACUUCAGUGAUGAAUGUUUCAAAGUGUUCACAGUGAGCUCCAGAGAAUUCUUCACAAAGAGACAUCUCAGUCCAGAAAACACUGAAAUACCCAGGCUUCAGGGAUUUUUGCAAAAUCUCAAUGACUGUCACUCAGAGACGUUAAACUAUGUGUCUGGAGCUUGUGGCAUCCUCUCUUUGAUUCAUGGGGCCAGCUUAAGAAAUGAGAUCCUGUGA